AUGUCAGCUGCUUUCAUUGUUCUUCUGGCGGUACUAUCAGUUGCUGCCUUAGCCUUUUAUUUCACAACUCUCGUUUUUGACUGCAUAUUUCGCAUUGCAAAAGGCGAUGUGUUUUCAUCAGGAUUGAAGUAUAACCAUACGUCAAUUUAUAAGCAGAAAACGGCUUUUUACACUAAAUUUAUCGAAACGUCAUUGGAACAUGGGAAUUUUAAUGUUGCCAAAACCGAAAUAAAUGGCUUUGGUGCUGGUCCCGAUGUACAGCUGAGUUUUCGCAUUUAUUUGGACAUGAGAAAAAUACAAAUGACCAUAACUAAUGUUGAAGAGCAUAUUAAAAAUGCAUUUAUCAGCGAAACAGCUCACCGCGACUCAAUUUUUCGGAAUCUCAGAAUUGAUGAUGGCAGCAUUGAAAUAAAACGACAGCUCGAUCCAGAAAUUUUGCGACAAGCAGCACUCUUCCGUGAACAAGUAAUUACAAUUGAAAUUUUGAUAAGUGCUGUCUAA